AUGGGUUUCUUCGGACGACUGUUCGGGAGUAAGAAGCAAGAGAAAUCAGCAACUACAAAGAACAACAGACGAAAAUGGAGCUUCACCACCACCAGAUCCUCAAAUCCGGCGACGGCUUCAUCGGCGCCGUCUUCACAUCCAAGCAGGAGAUGUGCGGAUGAAGAAAGCUUGGACGCCGAGAAGCAUGCGAUAGCCGUCGCGGCUGCCACCGCUGCGGUGGCUGAGGCGGCACUAGCGGCUGCUCAUGCGGCGGCGGAGGUCGUGAGGCUCACCGGAAGAGGCGGCGGUAAAACCUCGUCGGUAACCAAAAUCAAUCGGAAUAAUCGCCGGUGGGCUCAAGAGUAUGUAGCGGCGGUGAAAAUUCAAUCAGCUUUCCGUGGCUACUUGGCGAGGAGGGCGUUAAGAGCAUUGAAGGCAUUAGUGAAGCUUCAAGCGUUAGUGAAGGGACACAUAGUGAGGAAACAGACGGCUGAUAUGCUGCGUCGGAUGCAAACGCUGGUUCGGCUCCAAGCUCGCGCCCGAGCAUCACGUUCUUCUCACGUUCUAGACUCAUUCCAUUCGACAAUGUUAACGGUUCCUUCUUCCCCACAAUCUUUCCACGCACGAUGCGUAUCGGAGGCUGAAUACAGCAAAGUCAUUGCCAUGGACCACCACCACAACCACCGUUCCCAGAUGGGUUCGAGGCGGCUAUUAGACCAAUGGAGGACAGAUGAAACUCUAUGGAACGCACCGCGCUACAACGAAGAUGAUGACAAGAUCCUAGAGGUCGACACUUGGAAGCCUCACUUGCCUUCCUACCACAAGGAGUCACCGAGGAAAAGAGGAUCCCUUAUGGUCCCGACAAGUGUUGAUAACAGUCCACAGGUAAGGUCUAGACCAGGAAGCAGCAGCGGCGGUUCAAGGAGAAGAACGCCGUUCACCCCUACGAGAAGCGAGUACGAGUACUACUCCGGGUAUCACCCUAACUACAUGGCUAACACUGAGUCUUACAGAGCAAAAGUCCGGUCACAAAGCGCCCCGAGACAGAGGCUACAAGAGUUGUCUUCCGAGAGUGGCUACAAGAGGUCAGUGCAGGGACAGUAUUACUACUACACGGCGGCUGCAGAGCGAUCGUUUGAUCAUCGUUCGGAUAAUGGGAUCGCAGGUUACGGUGCAGUUUCUGAUCAGUCGAGUCAAAACCAAAGUGAGAAAUCGAAGAUGUAUUCUUCGUUUCUCAGCUCUGAUCCUAUCCUGUUUUAA